GCGCCGCUGAGCGAGGGCGAGAAGGGGUCUCGAUCGCCGGGGUGCUCCUGGGGAAUGUCUGCUGAAGAGAAGAGCCCUGACUCCUGGCCAGCGGGACUGCAGCUGAAGAGCCCCCCCUACACCUUCCACUCCGGCCUGGAGAUGCAGGGGCCUCCUCCCUCCAGCCGCAAGCUGGUGAUCAUGACCGCAGGGGCGGUCGCGGUCCUCACCGUCAGCAUCAUUGGGGUCCUGGUGGCAACGUAUCUGGGGCGAGCUACCUGUCUCCAGCGAGAUGCCUACGGCUACCUGCCUGCCCAGGUGAACGUCCAGAACGAAGCGUCGCUGCUCCUGGCACUCAGCGAGCUAGGGGAGCAGGGGGUGGCCCCGGGGAUCACCUGCGACCUGAGAAAUCACCUGAUGGUGUAUCACGGGCAGCCGGAAGGGUGCGUGGCCCGGAAGAUGGAACCCUCCGACCAGCUGCCGUCCUGCCAGGCGCUGGAAAGCUACUUCCAGGCUGUGUUGUUUGCAUCAAAGCCUCCUACCCAACUGCCUGUGAUCCCCCUGCAGAGAAACGCCACGCUGGGGCUUACCUCGGACGUUCAGAGCAUGGGCACUGGCGCCCUGGGCAGCCUGACCACCCUGCUGUGCAGCAACAAGCCCACGUACUUGAUCACAGCCUUUGCACCUGCCCCUAGGCAUCACAUAAGCAUGGCUGCUUAGCAAGCCCCGC